CUCCAACUCCCAUUCUCUCACUUCUGCGUUUGGUCUCUCUCUCCUUCCAUGGGGAAACGAAAGUGGAAGCCAAAAGGGAAAUGGUAUGCCAUCAAAAUGCUCUGUAAAAACGGCUUGUUGCUUCACUUCAUACUGCCUCACUCACCUCACUCACCUCACUAAUAUGGAGCUGAAGACAGCACCAAAACUUGCUGUCCCAAACACCGACACCCCUACUCUAUUGCACGAUUUAAAGCUUAACUCAGCCCAUUUCAUAGUAUUUGUGAGUACCCAUUGGCGUGAAGUGCGUACGGAUGUCCACAUGAACUGCACCCGUCAUUCAACAUUUGGGCUUUACAUAAGCUUCGGGUCAGGCCCGAAUCCACAUUUGAAGCCCACAAAGAAAUUUUAUAUUCCAGAUUCAGAUUUUAUAUCAGAAGCGCGAAGAACUAACAUGAUAACGCAUUCCAUUUCUGUGGUUUCUCUGCCCAGUUGCUCUUGUCCUCGUUCGAUUCCAUUCCACCAACCUCGUCUCUCCACAAACCAUAAAUCUUUUUCUCCCCUUUCCCUUGUAACCAAUUGUUCUCGAUUCAAUGAUUUGUGCGUUCCCUCUUUUACACCAACUCCAGCAACCGGUUGCACCAAAAACCACAGCCCCCACGACGCCGAGUCCGACCCGAUUCGAAACCAGAGGCUUUUUCAGCAAUUCUACUUGUCAGUCAACUCUGAGAACGCCGCGGACGAAGACCCAGCUACUAAUAAUCAGAAACAAGAUCCGGGUCCAGAGGUUCAGAAAAAGGGCGCCAAAAACGCCAGGGGACUUUUGACAAACAUGUGGUGGGCGAACCUGAAAUCUGCAGUAGGUCAGAGAUUAAACAUCGAAGGCAUUGUUUCUUCUGCAGCUGUUAUUACUAAGGACCGGCAUUUGGCGCUACCUCAUGUUGUUGUGCCCGAUGUGAGCUACAUUGAUUGGGCUGAACUGCAAAGAAGGGGUUUCAAGGGCGUUGUAUUUGAUAAGGACAAUACAAUUACCGCGCCGUACUCUUUGACAAUUUGGGCUCCUCUCAAAUCCUCACUUGAACAGUGUAAAUCUGUCUUUGGCCACAAUGUAGCGGUACUCAGCAACUCUGCUGGGCUUUCUGAGUAUGAUCAUGAUGGUUCCAAAGCUAAAGCGAUCGAGGGGUCGAUUGGAAUUAAAGUUAUAAGGCAUGGGGUGAAGAAGCCUGCUGGUACAGCUGAAGAAAUCGAGAAACACUUUGGUUUUACUUCUUCCCAACUUAUUAUGGUAGGUGAUCGACCAUUCACAGAUGUGGUUUUUGGGAACCGUAAUGGUCUUUUGACUAUUUUAACUGAACCCUUGAGCAUUGCUGGGGAGACGUUUGUUGUUAGGCAGGUAAGGAAAUUAGAAACAUUCCUCUUGAACCGUUGGCUUAAGCAAGGAAUAUCCAUGAACUGCUGAAAGAUGGCAUUCUUUUUGUCCUCUGGCCAUUCAUUAGCUUAUGGUAUUAGCGCCUGAGUUGAAUAUAAUACAUUGGCAGACUUGUACUUUUGGACAGCAACAAUGUUGAAAUGUAGAAGGGUUUCCUAUCAUGUCAUCUUGAUUUCUGCUCUUGAAAAGAAUCAUAAUUAUGUAAAUUAUAUGAUCUGAUAUUUAGUGGUUCUA